CCUUCAACAGGGCCAAAACACACGGAGAAAUGUUUACUGUGUCCACUGAGAACCGUGGCGGAACCAACAAUGAAACGUGUUUUCCACACGGACCGCAGACGCACGAACACUGAAGUGCAACAUGAAAAACAGACGCGGGGAACUUCAGUGUGGCCACUACAAUCAGUGAUAAAGAAACUUGAGUGUUCAAAACAAUGUCAGACAUUUUAACUGUCGUGUUCAGGACUUUCAUGUCUCACACUGGUCUAAAGACGGACCUCGCCGCCGAUCCUCCUCCUCCCGCAGCCACGACCCGCAGCGCCCUGGUGGUGGGGGACCACAGCGUCAGCCGCUCCGUGCUGCUGCUGGCGGCCGUGACCGCGGCCUCGCACCUGGGACUGAGGGUGAUGUUCUUCACCCGAACACAGAUCCAAAGCCUCCCAGCGUCUCUGCAGAAGUGUGUCCCGAGCCUGAGCCCGGAGAGUCUGAAGUUUCUUUUUUCUUUUUCUUUUAAGAAAAUCAAGUUUUCCUAUCCCAGGACGGUGGAGGAGCUACUCCAUCAAAUUGCCAGCCUGCACGAGUCCACCAACACAUCUCCCACCCCUCCCUCCCUGAUAAUUGUCGACAGGCUGGAGGGCUUCCUUCGAGGCCACAGCGAACUUCACCCGGGCGAGCAGUCGUGCGCUGCCCACUUGUCUGCACUGCUGUGUGACACUGCUGCCUUUCUCACACAAGUCCUGGAGAAGCGGCCCUCGAGCUCAGGCCCGUGCCGCGUCAUCGCCUCUUUCCGGUCACAAGAAGACGCCGGACAAGCCGGCGGGGAGCCCUCCGCCACAGAUCCCGUCCUCGAUAUCCUCGAUCGUUAUUUUCAGGUACGCUGUACUCUGGACCAAGACAGAGGAUAUGAAGCUGCAGCAGCUGGACUACAGCAGGUGUGGAACAUUUACCUUUCUGGAAGAGGCAUCGCAGACGCCUCUGAUACCAAAGACUGUGAGGACAGGCCAGCUGAAGCCCAGGAGUGGCAGUUGUUGAUUUAUCCUGACGGUUUGAUGGAGUUUAAGGUGGUUUGAAAUGUCUUUAUCAAGGACUUGAACAGUGGGGACGUAAUGGUUAAAGUUAAUUUAUUGACCCGGAGUAUUUUUGUUCGGCGCGAAUCCUAACCUCCAGCACUACUUGGCUUGAAACCUUAGCAACUGGCGGUUUCCAGUGACAGUCACUAUUACACUUCAUCUUUAUGCAUUUCCAUUCAUUUAAUAAAGCACUUCUUGCCCUUUGUUCAA